AUGCAUGAAUUGGGGCUUGCGUCGCGAAAACCGUUCAAGAAAUGUGCUAGAGUUGUUGGAGAGGUUCUAGGAAAAUUUCAUCCUCAUGGUGACACUGCUGUGUAUGAUUCUUUGAUUGUGGCUUGGUUUCUGAGAUUAGGCCCUGGUUCGGCACCUUCACUUUGUGAGCUGCUCUUAAAUAGAUUCAGGGACUGGGAUUCGAGUGGUGUGGUGUGGGAUAUGUUGGCGUUUGCUUAUUCAAGAUCUGAGAUGAUUCAUGAUGCUCUGUCUGUUAUUGUUAAGAUGAAAGAUCUGAAUUUGAACAUUUCAACACCAACCUAUAACUGUCUGUUGCAUAACUUAAAGCAUACAGAUAUCAUGUGGAUUGUUUAUAAUGAAGUUAAAGAUCGUGGAACUCAUCAGAGUGACCACACUUUUGACAUACUUAUAGAUGGAUUAUGUGAGCAAUCCGGCCUACAAGAUGCAGUUUCGUUCUUCAUGGGUGUGGAAAAUACGGAGAGUUGGCCUUCAGUUGUUUCAUUCAAUACCAUCAUGUCUAGGUUCUGUAAAUUGGGGUUUGUGGAUGUUGCGAAGUCGUUUUUUUGUUUGAUGUUCAAGUGUGGACUACUUCCUGAUUCAUACAGUUAUAAUAUUCUUAUUCAUGGGCAGUGUAUAGCGGGUUCAUUGGAAGAAGCAUUGGAGUUCACUAAAGACAUGGAGAGGCAUGGGGUACAGCCUGACACAGUCACCUACAACAUUCUUUGUAAGGGGUUUCAUCUACUUGGUUUGAUGAGUGGAGCUCACGAGGUCAUUCAGAAAAUGUUGAUUAAAGGGUUAAUAAGUCCGGAUCAUGUGACAUAUACAAUUUUGAUAUGUGGGCACUGCCAUGCUGGAAAUAUUGAGGAAGCCCUUAAGUUGCAGGAAGAAAUGCUUUCAAGGGGUUUUCAGUUGAGUGUCAGUAUAUACAGUGUACUCCUCAGAAGUUUGUGUAAAAGUGGACGAGUAGUAGAAGCAUUGAGAUUGCUAUAUGAGAUGGAAGCUGUUGGCUUGGAACCAGAUCUUAUAACAUAUUCUAUCCUCAUUCAUGGCCUAUGCUAG